GCUAAUUUUUAUAUAUUUUUUUUUUUUUUUUUUUUUUUGCACCAAAAUAAAGUAGGGUGCUAGUAAUCUUUAGCUUUACCCCUCCACCCCUUAUUUUUUUUUAAAGAGCCUUUAUAAUAACUAUGCUUAAAUGGAACCACCAGUAACUAAGAAACCACUAAAUAGACGGUCAAGUAUCUCGAGUGAUAAUUCCAAAAAGAAAUCUUCUAGAGCAUGUGCACCAUGUCGAAAACGUAAGGUGAAAUGCAAUGGACUACAGCCUUGUGAUCGAUGCUCUAAAACAGAAGCCGCUUGUAUCUAUGAUAAACCUCAACAAAAAAAGGAUACACCUAAACCGAUGUCUGAAAAUCAUGAACCGAGAUUAAAGGCCUUGGAACAAUUUCUAAAACAGUUUUCGAUCCUUCUAGAUAAGAAUGAGCCAGAACCACCAAUGUUUUCAAGUCAAGUAGAAAGCAGUGAAGACCCUAAACCACAUAGGCUAUCUAUCAGUACUACCGGAAAAGGGUUUUAUGUACCUGACAAGUAUCUUCGAACUGACAGAAUACCCGAUCUAUAUAAACCCGGGAUGAGCGAUUGGAAUCCAGUCAUUCAAGAACUCAUUCCCACCUUAGAAACUUAUAUACCAGUCGAACCAAUCUUACACAAAGCAUCCUUUUUUCAGCAAUUAAGAAGCCGUCAACCUAUUAAUAACCUGUUAUUAAAUGCUAUAUAUUGUGUGUCGUCAAGAUGGGACUUGGGUGCGCCUCCAAGUGGGGAAGAGCCGCGUGGAUGGGGUUUCUAUCAAAUAGCAGUCAAUUUAUUAGACCAACAGCAGCAAGUUAAAUUAUCAACCGUACAGGCUUUAUUUCUAUUAUUAAAAUAUAAUGAACACGUCAGACGGCCUGGGUUUAUCUGGCGGACAAGAUACUACUUUCAAAUGAUUGUACGCAUGUGUAAAGACUUGGGUCUACCACGUGAUAUAACCUCUACAUCCUCUAAUAUCUUUAUAGAAAUUGAAAAGCGAAAAAGAAUAUUUUGGGCCGUUUAUUGUUAUGAUGUGAUGAUGAGCAUCGAAAAUGGUACUCGACCUAACUUUAAUAUCGUACAUUGCUCGCUUGAUAUUCCUCACGUCUUGGCAGAUGAGGCACAAGAACACGAAAAAAUUAUGCACUUUAUUCUCUUGACAAAAAUAAUGCGUAAUCAAUCGGAUAUUGUGGAUUUUUUACAUGUAAAAUACAAUGACCGACAAGGAAAAUCAUUCGAUCAGCUCACUCAUGAACUUAAAACCACAAUCAAUCUCAUUACCUCCACCACCAAAUUUCCCCAAAAGGAAUGUAUGUGCUACACAACUUGUUUUCUAUAUCUCGCUUCUUGUUUUGCUACUAUACUGCUGCAUCGUCCUUUCGCACUGUUUCAUCAGCAACAGGACACUCUAUCUCCUAUAACAAGAUCGCAUCAAAGCCAUUGCACAGAGGCAGCCAUUAGAAUAAAACUCAUAACCGAACUUAUAUUAGAGUGCAAUGCCUUUGAAGACAUGUAUUGUUCAAUAAGAGGCAUCCAACAAAUCAUUCAUUAUCUUUCGGCUGCAGUCACUAUUUUUAAAGAAGGGAAUUUUGAACAAGAUCUCCAAAUGACGAUGCGACUUACGCAGACACUAGCGUCAAUAUCACCUGCGACCGAAGUAGUUGGAAACAGAAAUAGACCGCCUAGACCAUCUAUGUCUGCACCUAUGACGACAACUAAUUUAUUAUCACCAGGUAUGAAACGACAGAAGCAUAGAACAGCAGAGACAGUAUCUAAGCGUAAAAGUCUGCAUUUGCCCGACGCACAGCAAUAUCCAAAUCAAUUUGAUGAAAGUAUGACUUAUUCCCAAGAACCACAAACUAUGAAUACCUAUGAUAACUCUAUCUACAAUACCACAAAUAAUGCUAUGAGUAUAAAUUCAACAGCCCUUCCAAAUAUACCUAACCACCAAUCUCUAUUGGGGCUACUAUACAACGAAGAUGAGAACAGUACACGUAAUAAUAUACCAACGUAAAAAAUAAAAUAAAAACA